AUGCGGGUCUGGGUGCUCCUCAGCCUGCCGCUGCUGCUGCUGCUGCUGCUGCAGGAAGCGCUGCCACACGUUAUUGGACAGCCUGCGAAGAGUAAGCGUCCAAAAGAACACGGGGAAAACAAGGUUUUUAACAAAAAAGUAAAACCCAAAACUCCCAAAAUGAAGGAGAGAGAAUCUGCUGACUCCUCUUUGAAGUCCCAGUCCAUACUGACACAGGUGAUGGAUAAAGGUCGUAUCCAGAAACUGGCUGCCACUUUAAGCCUGUCUGCAGGACAAAGCAUAGAACUGCGAUGUAAGGGGAGUAAUGUUACUUGGAACUACCCUUCAUAUUUAGACACCUUUAAAGACUCCAGACUCAGGUAA